GUUAUUACCAACUAGUAUCAACAAUUCACGUUCACGUGUACAGUUCAUUGCCUCGUGAAUUAAAUUAACCAAAUAGUUUUUCUAGUGUUGUGAACAUAGAUUUCGUUUUAAUUGAGGCAUGUUUUAGUAUCUAUAAAUAUAAAGAAUAGUUUUUCUAGUGCUGUGAUUAUAGAUUUUGUUUUAAUUGAGCAUGGCGUCAGUGGACUACAACAAAAUAGUAAUCAAGGAGAAGUCAUUCUACAAACCUGACUUGAACGAAGUGGCUGAAGUGUUAUCUCGUGGGCUGAAGAAUAAUUUCGAGACUGUGAGCGUGUCCGCAGUGGACUGUCCUGAUCUCAGGCAGGAGCCGUUUAAUCUUACAUCACCAGGUUUGUGUGGUGAUGAGACACUGAUCGAGUUGGGCGGUACGCAGUACCUGUUACCGCUGGUGCAGCGCGACAAGCUGUACGACCUGGCGUUGCUCGCGAAACACCUGCGCCGGGACCCAGCCUACAUCAUCGGUGCUGGAGCAGGACCAUGGCCCGCCUUCAACGUCAAUUGUGAGGGCGUGAUAAAUUUGACGGUCCGUAACGGCACGGUGGAGCAGGGCUCCCGCGCGGUGACUGUGCAGCCGGUGGGCGCUGCCAAAGGUCACAGCGGGUACUUGCAGCGACCGCUACCGGCGCACGAGACGCGCGCCGCGCUGCUAGGGAACUUCCUGCUCAGCCAAGGGAAGCCGGGCAAGGUGAUCAAGGUAGUAGCUAAGACCAGAACUGGUGACUCCAACUUCAUCACAUCGAUCAGGGAGACUCUGCAGAACCAUUAUGGAGACAAAGUGGUCGGUCUGGGCGGCACGUUCGUAGUCCACGAGGGCCGCCUGAAGCACCACGUGAUGCCGGACUUCUCCAGCACGCCGCUGUGCAGUGAACUCGAUGUAGAGAACUGGCUGCAUUUCUUCGAGAUGCGUGCGCCAGUCGUGCACGUGGGCACGCUCGUCACCGGCGACCUCGACCUGGACCUUCGCGUGCAGCACUUCCACGGGUCCAGCACGCACGGGGACGGCGGCCACUACCACGGCGACACCACGCCCUCCACAGCGCACUACGAGGGGUACUUCGCGGUGGCCUCCACCGUGCUCAGGGUGGACCCGCCCCUAGAGAAACACACUUUCGGACGCGACUAGCUAAUGCCUUGACUUUAGUGCAGUGAUAUGAAAUUAUCUAAAUAGUAAUAUGUAUAUAAUAUAGAACUAUGGAUAUAUGAAAGUACAGCGCCUAUUUAUAAUGAUAACAAAAUAAUCUUUUUUUUUAUUCGGCAUAAAAAAUGCAACCCUAAAAAAGUUUAGCGGCUAAGAUGGGGCCGCUAUUAUUUAUGAUUAUGUGUUCAUG